AUGUCCCGCACCACCACCGCCACCACCAGCACCACCGUGACUCCUGCCACCACCCCCAAGGACUCAAUCGACCGCGGCCACUGUCUCUGCCGCGCCGUGACAUUCACCGUGACAGGCCCGCCGAUCUACAACGUGAUAUGCCACUGCGAGAACUGCAAACGACAAGGCGGCAGCACGUUGCACUGCGCCAGCAUCUACCCGCGCAAGCAGUACGCCCUGCUCGCGGGCUCGGAGCGCUUCAUCACCACGUACACGGACCGCGCCACGCAGAGCGGCCAGCCGCUGUACCGCGCCUUCUGCCGCGUGUGCGGGAGCAAAGUGUUUGCCAAGACGCCCUUGAACGAACAGAUCAUCUCGAUCCCGGCGGGGGUGUUGAGCCGGGCCGGGCGGGAUUGGACGCCGAGUAAGGAGCAGUUCUGUGCGGACAGGUGCGCAUGGGUGCCUGAGCUGGGUGCCGUCGUGGCGGAGGAGAACAGAUUCGCGAAAGGGCCAACGGGAGAUACGGUCCAGCAGGUGUUGGCCAAGCUGUGA